UCAUGGUCAGCGCUCCCAAAUGCAAGUGUCCCCAGCCAGGAGACAUCAGGCCUCCCUUCAAUAUGCAAACUCUCCUAUGAAAAAGGGCCUUGCCAAGAAUAUCAAACUCGUUAUUAUUACAAGCUUCAGACACAGAAGUGUGAAAAGUUUGUUUAUGGUGGCUGUCGUGGCAAUGAAAAUAAUUUUCGCACUGUUGAGGAAUGCCAGAAGAAAUGUCAAGCCUCAAAAAGCAAAGUAACUGUGCCUACAAUAUGCAGGCUGCCACCUAAACGAGGAGACUGUCAUGCACAUCAUACUCGUUACUAUUACAACCAGGAGAAAGGUGCAUGUGAAGAGUUCAUUUAUAGUGGCUGUUCCGGUAAUGCGAAUAGAUUUCUCACUGCUGAGAAAUGCCAAAAGAAGUGCAAAAGCUUAACAGGCUUGCCUGUAAUAUGUAAACUGGCUAAAGACUCUGGGACGUGCUCAGAAAAGAUUAGUCGGUAUUACUAUAACCGGGAGAGCAAAAGAUGCGAACGGUUCAUUUACAGUGGUUGUGGCGGCAAUGCAAACCACUUUCACAGUGCUAAGGAAUGUGAACAGAUAUGCAGCGUUUAACAGAGCACCUAUGAGCCGUUCACACCAACAUCUGCCCUAGUUAAAAAAAAGUAGGUACCAGUUUCUAUGGAAGAAAGGCAACAAAUUAAGCUGUGAUUCUGGGAUUUCACUCUCUUACAGAAUCUUCUGCAUACACUCC